AAUUGGUUUAUAAACAAAUAUAAUAGAAACGGUUUAUGAACGCGCAAAUGAGCCAUGACAGUUCUGUUACGUCAAUGUCAUUGUCAUGUCAUGUGUGCUGCAAACCAAACUUGUGGCAUAUCGUGAGAUGGUUUUUAUAUUAGAAAGUACAUUCAUAAAAUCACUACUUAAACCCCGGCGUCAUUUUAUUUUUAAAACAAUGGCUAAAAGUUCAUUUGAAUAUGUUAAAAAGUUCGAACUAGAUGACACAUUAUUGCCAAAUUCCUGGAUUGUCGUGAGACUAGAUGGCAAGUGUUUUCACAAGUUUUCAGACGAUCACAAGUUUGAAAAACCUAAUGAUCUAAGAGCACUCAAGCUCAUGAAUUAUGUAGCAUUUCGAGUUAUGAAAGACUUUAACGAGAUCUUGAUGGCCUUUGGCCAAAGUGAUGAAUACUCGUUUGUUUUCAAGAAACAAGCAAAUCUUUACAAGCGACGUGCUGCUAAACUUUUGACUGUGGUUAACAGCAAGUUUUCUUCUUCAUACGUUUAUUACUGGAGCAAGUUUUUUGGAGAUGAAAAGUUGCAAUAUCCACCAACUUUUGAUGGUCGUGUGGUCUUGUAUCCAUCUGACCAAAAUUUAAUAGACUACAUGAAAUGGAGACAAGCAGAUGUGCACAUUAACAACCUUUACAACACAACAUUCUGGAAUUUAGUUUUAAAAGGCAAUUUGACUCCAAGUGAGGCUGAGAAGCGCUUGUGUGGCACAGUGUCAGCAGAUAAAAAUGAAAUUCUGUUCAAAGAAUUCAAUAUUAACUAUAACAAUGAACCAGAAAUAUCCAAGAGAGGUACCAUAUUGCUAAGGAAAACUGUGGUACUGAAUAAAGAUGAGAAUUUACAGAAGUUGGUGAUUGUUGAUGUUCAUGAUGACAUGCUUAAAGACAACUUCUGGAAAGCACAUGCUAGUUUAUUAUUAGAGAGGCCUAAAGAAGCUUUAGUACACAAUGGGCCUGCAACUGAAAUAAUUAAUGAACAAAUAAAUAUAGUUAAUAAAGAAUUAUAACAAUAUAAUGUUACUUUGUUCAUAAAAAUCCUUUUAUGCCCCUACACAUAAGAAAAAAAAAAUACUUUGAUUUUUUUUGUAGUGUAUGUAGUAUGUUUUGUAGUUUUUGUAAAAAAAAAAGUAUUUUGUAUCAAGACAAAACAACUGUGUUUUUUGUUCCACUUUUAAUUCAUCUUAGAAGACAGAUGUAAACUUUUAGACAAAAGUGAUCCAACUGAGACACUAACUUGAAAAUGAAAUGCAUCAGCACAUGGAUAUGCAUAUAUGACUGUAAAACUUGUCUCUCCUACAGGAAAAAUAAUAAAUAUCGCAAAGAUUUUGUAUGUGACUAUUUUGUCAUAACAUAAGUAGUACUAGUGCUACUACACUUAAUUGUAAUCAAGUCUUUAAUGAGGAAGGAAUAAGAACCAAACAAACAUACUGUUAACAGUUAUACAGUUUAAUAAUCAAUCUAAAUACAAUUAAUAUUCAUACUUUUAAUGUUAGGCAGCUCGAUCCUUCAGUAAAGAACAGAGAAGGAAUCUCAGAGACUUAAUUUGCAAUAUUGUAAAUAAUAGGAUAUAAUUACUUCAAACUUUU